CGAAUGAUACCUAACUUUGAAAACCUUACUUUUAUAUUCCGAUAUCACAUAAUUUAUAGUAUUUUUGAAUGAAAUGAUUGAAAAGUGAUCAUGAGUACUCAGUAUAGUAUUCUAUUUAAACAAGAACAAGCUCAUGAAGAAGGGAUAUGGGCUUGUGCCUGGGGUAAGAGUGAAAAAGAUGGUACGGAACAUAUUGUAACAGGUUCACUGGAUGACAAAGUAAAAUGUUGGAAAUGGGUGGAUGAACAAUUAGAAUUGAAAUGGAAUAUGGAAGGACAUUUACUUGGUGUCGUAUCAGUAGCGAUAAAUUCAGCUGGAACAAUUGCGGCAUCAAGUUCUUUAGAUGCCCAUAUUCGCUUGUGGGACUUGGAAAGUGGAAAACAAAUUCGCCAAAUUGAUGGUGGAACAGUAGAGGCCUGGACUGUUACAUUUUCUCCCGAUUCGAAGCACCUUGCGACUGGCGGGCACACUGGUAAAAUUCAUCUCAUUACUGUACCUGAAGGCCAAAAAGCAACUGAGCUUGAUACAAGAGGAAAGUUUACUCUUAGUAUUGCUUACAGUCCAGAUGGAAAAUACAUAGCGUGUGGAGCGAUGGAUGGUAUUAUCAAAGUUUUUGACAUCACAACACAAGGUCUUUUGCAUACCUUGGAGGGUCAUGCGAUGCCAAUACGAUCACUGGCAUUUUCACCAGAUUCAGAAAGACUCAUUACUGCAUCUGAUGAUGCUCAGAUUAAGAUUUAUGAUGUUAAGCAGGCGAGUCUGAUUAACACAUUAAGCGGGCAUUCAUCUUAUGUUCUCAAUGUGUCAUUUUGUCCUGACAAUGUGCAUUUUGUCUCAAGCUCUUCAGAUAAAAGUGUAAAAAUAUGGGAUUCAACAAAUAGACAAUGUGUACAAACAUUUUACGAACACUCAGACCAAGUUUGGAGUUGUCAGUAUAAUAGUAAUGGAUCAAAAAUAGUAUCUGUUGCAGAUGAUCGUGCUAUCCAUGUUUAUGAUUGUCCAAUAUAGUUGUGUAUGUUUUAGGAAUCCUUAGACCAAAGUUUAAAUUUUAGUGUAGUGUGUGUCUGGAAUGUUUGCCAACUAUAGUUUAAAUUAAGAGACAAACUUAAGACAAUAGAUAGUGGAUUCUCAUUGCAACAUUGCUUUCUUAUCUGGUGCAGAUUUACUGUCUGAAGGCAAAAUAAAUUGAUAAGAACUCGGCCAAAUAAUGUUUCUUCGCAAUCUUGCAGUGGGAUAUGAUCGAUCACUUUAUUAAUUGCUAAACGAAUAUUUCAUAAAAACCACUGAUUCUGGACAGACUCCAGACAACUGUUCAUUAAAAUUGAUUGCACUGUUUUAUUAAAUUUGUUAUGAAAUCCUUAUUUUUUUUAUACUGAAAUGUGUUAGAAGCUGAGCAUUAUUAAUCUUUGACUGGUCAGUAGCAGCAACAUGCUUCAGUAUUUGACACUACAAGACUGAUAUUUGAAGCAAUAUAAAUAAUAAGGCAUAGUCUUGUGAAGGGAUGGGCAAACUAUGGCCCGCCAAAGCAUUUUGUACAGCUUCUUGUUCUUAGCGGAAGUCGUAAAAAUUUCUUAGCACACAAAAUUUAGAUUUAUUUUCAAACCUUACUUGAAAUAACAAAAAUAUAAUUUGUUAAUUAAAAUAAUAAU